AUGCCAUUACCUCCGUCAACAUUAAACCAGAAAUCCAAUAGAGUCUACUCUGUGGCCAGAGUGUACAAAAAUGCUUGCGAGGAGAGACCCCAAGAGUACUGGGAUUACGAACAAGGGGUGACUAUUGAUUGGGGAAAGAUUUCCAAUUACGAAAUUAUCAAUAAAAUUGGAAGAGGGAAGUACUCCGAAGUGUUCAGCGGUAGAUGUACCGUAAACAACCAGAAAUGUGUCAUUAAGGUCUUAAAGCCAGUUAAAAUGAAAAAAAUUUAUAGAGAAUUAAAAAUCCUAACUAAUUUGACAGGUGGUCCCAAUGUUGUUGGCCUUUAUGAUAUAGUACAAGAUGCGGACUCCAAAAUACCUGCUUUGAUCUUUGAAGAAAUCAAAAAUGUCGAUUUCAGAACUCUUUAUCCGACUUUCAAACUUCCUGACAUUCAAUAUUACUUCACCCAAUUAUUGAUCGCAUUAGAUUACUGCCAUUCCAUGGGCAUAAUGCACAGAGAUGUAAAGCCUCAAAAUGUCAUGAUCGAUCCUACGGAACGUAAGUUAAGACUAAUCGACUGGGGCCUAGCGGAGUUUUACCAUCCGGGUGUAGAUUAUAAUGUUCGUGUCGCUUCACGCUAUCACAAGGGACCAGAACUACUAGUAAACUUGAACCAAUAUGACUAUUCCCUAGACUUGUGGUCAGUAGGAUGUAUGCUAGCAGCUAUUGUUUUCAAAAAGGAACCAUUUUUCAAAGGAUCUUCAAAUCCAGAUCAACUGGUAAAGAUUGCCACAGUACUGGGAACCAAGGAACUCUUAGGUUAUUUGGGCAAGUACGGCUUGCAUUUACCAUCUGAAUAUGACAAUAUUAUGAGAGACUUCACCAAAAAAGCAUGGACUCACUUCAUCACUUCUGAAACCAAACUGGCUGUUCCCGAGGUGGUCGAUUUAAUCGACAAUUUGUUAAGAUAUGACCAUCAAGAAAGACUAACAGCAAAGGAAGCGAUGGACCAUAAGUUUUUCAAAGCCAACUAUGAAUAA